AUGGCGAGCAAUUCGUCGUUAAUUGUCCCCGUUGGCGGAGGACUACUGGAUGGCCUCAACUCGACCUCUCACAACGCCACCUCGCGGCCUGACACAUGGUUUGGGGCCCUCCAAGACGUUGAUUUUCUUCUCCUGGAAGCCAAACUAGUUCUCAGCGCGGCCGGGAUUAUCUACGUCGGCGCCCACGCGGCUCUGCGGAGGCCACCGUCGGCAGCGCUACCCAAGGACAAAAAGGCCCGGCGCAAGACGGAGGAGGAGGACAAGCUGUCGCAGGGCCUGGAAAUGUCGGACGCCAUACUGUUCCCCGUCAUGGCUGGCAUAGUCCUCAUGGGCCUGUACUAUCUCAUCCAGUGGCUCAAUGACCCCGCCAUCAUCAGCAAGAUUCUGCGCUGGUACAUGUCGAUUGUCUCGGUGGCGAGCUUGGUGACCCUCUACGCGCACGGCGUGGAUCUGGUCGCGGCGUUUGUGUUUCCAAAGUACUGGAGAGGUCCGGAUGGAAUUUUACGCACGGCGAAUCAGAAGACGCAGGCUGUUGUUCGGUGCGAUAAUGUUGGCAAUGUCGGCGAUGGUUCCUCUCCGGCUACCGGCAACCCCUUACCAGGUGUUCUUAGCCUUCUCGCUCCGACAAAAAAGCUGCAAAAGGUUGCUUGGGAAACGAGGGCUAUCUUUAAGCGAGAUUGGCUGCUCAGAUUCUUUCUGCAGGGAGUGGGCGAGGAAAAGACAUACAUCAAGUUUGCGACAAUGAUGGCUCUACCGUUGGCGGCUGCGACGUCAGUUCUUUACUUUUCCUCCAACUCACCAUUUUUGUCCAAUAUGCUGGGUUACGGAAUGUGCUACUGCGCAUUCCUUGUCUUGUCGCCCACUGACUUGCUCAUCGGUUCACUCGUGCUGUGGGGUCUCUUUUUCUACGACAUAUUCAUGGUGUUUUACACCCCGUACAUGAUAACAGUGGCGACAACUCUCGAAGUCCCCAUUAAGUUGCAGUUCAAGGCGGCCCAACGUCAAAGUAUUCUUGGUCUGGGCGACAUUGUCAUUCCUGGCAUGUUUAUUGCCUGGGCUCUCCGUGCUGACCUGUGGCUACACUACAAGCGCCUGGUCAAAUACGAGUCGACAGAGUUGAAGAUUCUGGAAAAGGAUGCCGCUUCCGGCGAGCUGGUGACUCGCAGCGAGACAAAGCACCGCGAGAUAAAGCCCCCCUACGUAGAGGUCAAGGGCAAUUGGGGUGACUGGUUCUGGACGCGUAGGCUCAUGUACUUGUGCGCCCCAAAGGAGGUACCUGUUUCGGUGGCGGCAGGUAACUUCAAAAAGACGUACUUUUAUGCUUCCAUGGUCGGCUACCUAUUGGGUAUGCUAGCUACGCUGGCGAUGCUUCUCGUCUUCAAGCGUGGCCAGCCAGCGCUGCUGUAUCUUGUCCCAGGCGUACAGGGCGCUACUUACCUCACGGCCAUCGUGCGCGGUGAGCUAAAAAGCCUGUGGAAGUAUACUGAAGACGGUAGUCUUGAUACGGUCGAUGUGGUUGUGGACUUGGACGCAGAUGGAAACCCUUUAAAGACCAUUGGCAAGCUCGAGAAUGGAGUCGUGGAUACUACGAAGAAGGAUGACAAGGAUGCCAAAGCGAAGCAAUCUGACUCGAAAGGAGCUAAAGCCGGCGCUCACAAGAAAGGGGAAGAUGGGAAGGAUGGGAAUGAGGGCAAGGAGAAGAACCACCAUGUCUUUUUGUUUUCGCUCGAAGCGCCCCCGGACGACAAGGAAGCAUAG